GGAUGCGAUUUUGGUAUAAAAACGUUUGUGGCAACUGCAGCCAAGUCAAAGCACUUUUGACGAGCCUCCCAGCGCAGUACCCGAUUUUAAGUCGCGAAUUCGAAGUCAUGACGCUCACCCACGCCUCCUUCGCAGCCGUCGUUUUGGCCCUCUGCUGCCUCAGUUUCAUUCAGGCCCAGCCACAACGUGGACUGCCCCCACCACGCGGAAACUCCUUCGACGCGAAUGCAGUGAUACUCAAGCAGAACUUCGACCUGAACCCCGAUGGCUCCUACCAGUACAACUACGAGACUAGCAAUGGAAUCCGAGCGGAUGAGGCUGGCUAUUUGAAGAACCCGGGCAGCCAGAUUGAGGCACAGGUAAUGCAGGGAUCUUACUCGUACACCGGUCCCGAUGGCGUGGUCUACACCAUCACCUAUAUCGCUGAUGAGAACGGAUACCGCGCCGAGGGUGCCCAUAUACCCACCCCUCCUCCAGUUCGCGCCGCCGCCGCCCCCGGAAGAUUCUUCAAGUAAUCCGUAUCGUCAUAAAUUCGUGUUCUAAUUCUUCAUCGUUAUGCUCAAGUUGGCAAUCAAAUUGUUGCGGGUCAGUGACCAAAUGUGAACCAGAAACAGACAGGAGAGAUAUAGAGCAGCUGCUCGUUGGUGAUCCAUCAUCCCACCCACAAAAACAUUUCCGUUUAACAUCCCGCACCCCGAAAACUCCCCAUCCCUUCGUGCUUCAUCUGUGCAUUUCUACCGCCAAUCCAAUCUCUCUAAUCUACAUUCUACAUUCUACUUAGUGCCUAACGAACAGUGUGUGAGAUAAACAUUUGUAAGAUUUGUAAAUUCGAUUGUUAAAUGUCGUACGGCAACGCAUGCUCAGCAAUAAAACAAAAAUUGCACAAAAAUCAA